UAUUCAAAGAGCUGUCACCUUAGCUAGUAUUUGAGCUCCAUGUAAAGAAAUGCAAUGGAGUUUGUGAAUUCGUUGAGAGUGUGCUUAAUAUUAACAACUCUGUAUCAGGUGUCGUAUUGCCGUUCCGGAUUUGCCAUCACAGAAAUAUCAUCAGUGGAUUCGUCCAAGUUAAAAGUAUCAUGGACACCAUAUCCUCAAGCUAACACUUAUGUUCUUGAUCUAAGGAUUGCAAAUAAUAUCAGAAGUCUACCAUUCAUCAUUGUGACACCUUCCUUUAUUACUACCAAAACAUUUCAAAGGUUGAAAGCUGGUGUGCUCUAUAAUGUGACAGUCAAAGCAUUUAGGUAUUUCACCAUACUUGCUUCCGCAUGGCAAACUGGGAGGACAGUGCCGAAGAGACCAAAAUUGCUCAGCUUAAAAUCUAUCUCGAGUUCAACAGUUAUUGCGAGAUGGACUGAAGUAUUGGGAGCAGAUCGAUACUUUCUGAACGUGAAAUCGAACACUCGUGACUAUAAUUUGACAUUUUACAAAAACAAUGGAAUUGCCACCGGUUUGGAUCCAUCCACGGUCUAUAGGAUUAAAGUCUUUGCAGCAAACGCAGCUGGUGUUGGAAGUGCAGGCAAAACAAGGGACAUUGUCACCUUGGUGGAGCCACCAUCCAACAUCAAAAUCACUGUUCUUAGUAAUACUGCAAUCCGAAUCAAUUGGGAUCCAGUUACUCAUGCAUUUCAAUAUGAAGUAACACUACGUACGAUUUCCAGGAAAACAUCUGACAUAAUGUCUACAAAAGUGUUUACAAACUUCAUAAUGCUGGAUAAUCUUGUACUGUGUACUAAUUACACAAUCACCAUAAAGUCACUGAAUGAUUUCAACCUUCUUGGAGAAGGCACAUCGGUAAAACACACAACUGAAUGGUUAAAACCCGUGCAAAACGUGAAGGUGCUUUACGAUUGUGUGGCGGACUCGGUGGAAUUGUCAUGGAAUGCUAACUCUAUUGCCACUAGCUACAGAGCAGUUGCCACAAGCAUCGGUGGUGUGAACCUCUACUGCACCUCCUCAACAGUAACUUGCCAAAUCACUGGGUUGGACUGCAGUGAAGGCUACUCUAUAACAGUUAUGGCCCAGAGUGACACUUGCAAUUCCAGUGAAAGUUUACCCGUAACAUUUGAAACAAAACCCUGCACUCCUCAGAAUUUCCAUGUAAAUCGUGAUUGCCACAGUAACACUGUGUGGGCUUCUUGGCAAGAAAGGAGGGGGGCCUUCUUGUACAUAGUAACUGCCCUGGCGUCCGACGGGACCACAGAUAAGUGCAACACUCGAGGAACGUCCUGUGUCUUUACAUUCUUCAAAUGUGGAUUGGAAUAUGAACUGAAAGUUCAGUCAAUAUCCAGGGAUCACUGCAAAAGCAGCGCAAGUGACCCGAUCGCGAUACGUACAGCCCCUUGUAUACCAGAAGGCGUGAAAGCAUCCACUGACUGUUUAUCCUACGUUGUGACCAUUUCGUGGGAAUUGGCAUUGGGAGCCCAAACAUACAAGGCAGAGUUAGUGGGAACGACUGGAAGCAAGUACAGCUGUAACGCCUCAACAACCAGCUGUGUCAUCUCUGAGCUACAAUGUGGCAUAGGUUUCAUCGUGUUCGUUAUUGCUUACGGCAAGGAAUGCGACAGUGGCAGAUCUUACUAUGCCAUUGCGGAGACAGCACCCUGCACCCCAUCAAGUGUUCAUACUCAGCUGGACUGUAAUACAAAUAAAGCAAACAUUACUUGGGAUAAAUAUGAUGGUGCAAUUCGCUACAUGGUCUCUGUCAAUGGAAGUGACGGGAGUCAAAUGAAAUGUGCCUCGGUGCACACUAUCUGUUGGUUAUCAGACCUGACGUGUGGCCAGAUAUACACGGCAACUGUCAUUGCCUCAAAUUACAUGUGCAACAGUUCUCGAAGCUCUCCGGUUAAUAUUCAGACAGCUCCAUGCAUUCCGCAGAAUGUGGAGGCUCACCUGGAUUGUGUUACGGGCAGCGCGUCAGUCAAAUGGAAUUCCAGCCCUGGGGCACUUUCGUACAAAGCCAUAGCUGCAUGGACUGAUGGCCAGUCACCCAGUUGUAACACACAGCAGACUAACUGUGAAAUCAAAGACUUAACAUGUAGUCAAAACUAUACUGUAUCUGUGUUAGCACUCAAUGAAAAUUGCAAGAGUAACCAAACCAUCUUUGUGACUCCAAAUACAAACUUAACAGUGUGCCUGCCAUUGAAAGUCACCAGCAAUUUGAACUGUGAGAAUAAUGCCCUUGCGGUAUCCUGGUCCACCAGUGCCUUGGGGCCAUAUGUAAUUACUGCAGAAGAAAUUAAAGGGCAUGUUGCUUCCUACAACACCACAGCAAAAAGCUAUCAAUUCCCAAACCUGCAAUGUGGCGAGUUUUAUAUCAUAGUCAUACAUGCAGCAAGCAACGAGUGCCACAGCUCUGCGGGCUCACGUUUGUCUUUGAAAACAGUCCCAUGUAAUCCACAGAAUGUCAAAGUGCAACUGGAUUGCAAUGAAAACACAGCGCUGGUAAUAUGGGACUACAGUGAAGGAGCACUGUGGUACACUGCCAUUGCGAAAGGAGACAAUGGGAACAUCAUCUCGUGCAGCACAUCAGGAACAUCCUGUACAACACCCACGUUACUCUGUGGCCAGAUAUAUUCUGUACAUGUUGCAGCAUCUGACAGGACUUGUAACCACUCUCUGAGUUCAGUGGUUCAAAUUCAGACAGCCCCCUGCAGUCCCCAGAAUAUAAGCACUCAUUUGGACUGUAGAAUGCACAUAACAUCAGUGUGGUGGGAACAUAGUGAAGGUGCAAUGUUCUACACGGCCGUGGCGAAAGGAAUGGAAGGAGACAGAUACUCAUGCAAUACAACCGAAGCAAACUGUGAGAUCCUAGGCCUCCCAUGUGGCCAGAUAUACACCAUAACUGUGUUAGCAAUGGACGAAUAUUGCACCAGUUUACCAAGUUCAGCUAUAGAAAUUGAGACAGUACCUUGUAUCCCACAGUAUGUGGUCGCUCACAUUAACUGUGAAAAUAACACCAUCUCGGUGUUUUGGGAUCCCAGCAACGGCUCAGAGUCAUACCAUGUAACAGCACAAGGAAUCAAUGGCCAUUGGGCCUCCUGCAAUACAACAGGCACUGAAUGUGAGGUCUCUGAUGUGCAUUGUGGACUGAAUUACUAUAUAACUGUAGAGGCAAUCCGCAUGGAGUGUAACAGCUCACAAAGCUCCGCUUUAACAGUUAAAACAGUACCGUGUGUGCCCCAGAAUGUUGACGCUCACAUGGACUGUGAUGUUGGACAUAUGUCGGUCUCCUGGGAGUUCAGUGAAGGUGCAAUAUCAUACGUGGCUACUGCAGAAGGGAGCAACGUGCAGCAAUGCAGUGCCAAUGAUACACUGUGUGAUAUCACCGACCUGUACUGUGGAGAGAUCUACACCCUCUCAGUUUAUGCGAUUGAUGACACCUGCGACAGUGUUGAAAGUCCUUCCAUCACAAGGAGAACAGUUUCGUGCAUCCCACAGCAUCUCGAUGUCCAGUUGGACUGUGACACAAACGAUGCCUCAGUGCUGUGGAGCCACACUAAAGGUGCCGUGUCAUACUCCGCCACAGCAGAAGGAAGCAACUGGCACACAGUUUCCUGCAAGACAGUCAACGAAGAGUGUCAGAUAACCAACCUAUACUGUGGCCAAGUGUAUAAUGUAACUCUGACAGCACAGGAUGGUGUGUGUGACAACUCACAGCCGCCUCAGUUUCAAUUCUGCACUGCACCUUGUGCACCAGAGGACAUCUCCACCAGCCUGAACUGUGACACCAGGAGCACAUCAGUGGCCUGGGAGGAGAGUGAUGGGGCGAUGUGGUACAUUACAACAGCAGAAGGACAAGAUGGACACAUUUCACUGUGUAACACAACGGGGACAAGCUGUGAUUUCAUGGACCUGCACUGCAGUCAAACGUACUCACUAACUGUAACAGCAAUGGACAGUUACUGUCAGAGUGUAAACACUUCCGUUUUUGAAACUGAAACAGCUCCUUGUCCCCCUCAGAACGUACAUGCUGAUAGUGCUGCCGUCACUGCUUCUGUAACAUGGGAGCUGAGUAAUCUCACAGUGUGGUACACUGCAACAGCAGAGGGCAGCGAUGGACACACGGCCACUUGUACCACGUCCGACACAAACUGUCUAAUCCCAGAUCUUCACUGCAGCCAAACGUACAGCAUCUCCGUCCUCGCAUUUGGUGAAACCUGCAGCAGUCUCCAAGGCUCCAGUUAUGAAAUUUACACAGCAUCUUGUGCCCCAGAUGAAAUCAUUGCCAACGUGGACUGUGAUUCCAACAGAGUGGUGGUAUCUUGGGGAAGGACUGAUGGGGCGAUCUCAUACGAUGUAACUGCUGAAGGAAGUGAUGGGCACACACACUUGCAUAAUACAACAGAGACACGCUAUGAAAUGCUGGAUUUACACUGCGGACAAUCCUACAACAUAAUCGUAACAACCUUGAGCUACAGACGGCACGGAAUUUCAAGUACUUCUAUACAAAUUCAAACUGUGCCUUGCGACCCGCAGAAUGUCAAAGUGCAGCUUGACUGUGCCCUCAAUACGGCCCUGGUACUGUGGGACCAUAGCAAAGGAGCUCUGUGGUAUGGUGCUGUGGUAGAAGGAACUGAUGGGAACAACAUACUGUGCAGCACAUCAGAAUCAUCUUGUAGAACUCGCACGUUACUCUGCGGCCAGUUAUAUCACGUGUAUGUUGUGGCAUCUGAUAGCGCGUGUAACCAUUCUGUGAGUCCCACAGUUGAAAUCCAAACAGCUCCCUGCAGUCCCCAGAAUGUAAGUGCUCAUUUGGACUGUACAGCACGCACAACAUCAGUGUGGUGGGAGCAGAGUGAAGGUGCAAUGUUCUACACGGCCAUUGCAGAAGGAAUGGAAGGAGACAGAUACUCAUGCAAUGCAACAGCGGCAAACUGUGAGAUCCUGGGCCUCCCAUGUGGCCAGAUGUACAGUAUAACUGUGUUAGCAAUGGACGAGAAAUGCACCAGUUUACCAAGCCCAGCUUUUGAAAUUCAAGCAGUACCUUGUAUCCCACAGAGAGUGGUUGCUCACAUUUACUGUGAAAAUAACACCAUCUCAGUGUUUUGGGAUCCCAGCAACGGUUCAGAGUCAUACCAUGUAACAGCACAAGGAAUCAAUGGCCAUUGGGCCUCCUGCAAUACAACAGGCACUGAAUGUGAGGUCUCUGAUGUGCACUGUGGACUGAACUACUAUAUAACUGUAGAGGCAAUCCGCAUGGAGUGUAACAGCUCACAAAGCUCUGAUUUAACAGUUAAAACAGUACCGUGUGUGCCCCAGAAUGUUGACGCUCACAUGGACUGUGAUGCUGGACAUAUGUCGGUCUCCUGGGAGUUCAGUGAAGGUGCAAUAUCAUACAUGGCUACUGCAGAAGGGAGCAACGUGCAGCAAUGCAGUGCCAAUGAUACACUGUGUGAUAUCACCGACCUGUACUGUGGAGAGACCUACACCCUCUCAGUUUAUGCGAUUGAUGACACCUGUGACAGUGUUGAAAGUCCUUCCGUCACAAGGAGAACAGCCUCGUGCAUCCCACAGAAUGUCCAUGUCCAGUUGGACUGUGACACAAACGAUGCCUCAGUGCUGUGGAGCCACACUAAAGGUGCAGUGUCUUACUCUGCCACGGCAGAAGGAAGUGAUGGGCACACAGUUUCCUGUGUGACGGAUAAUAGGGAAUGUCCGAUAACUAACCUACAAUGUGGACAGGAGUAUAAUGUAACUCUGACAGCACGGGACGGUGUGUGUGACAACUCACAAAGCCCUCAGAUUGUAUUCCACACUGCACCUUGUGCACCAGAGGACAUCUCCACCAGCCUGAACUGUGACACCAAGAGUACAUCAGUGGCCUGGGAGGAGAGUGAUGGGGCGAUGUGGUACAUUACAACAGCAGAAGGACAAGAUGGACACAUUUCACUGUGUAACACAACGGGGACAAGCUGUCAUUUCAUGGACCUGCACUGCAGUCAAACGUACUCACUAACUGUAACAGCGAUGGACAGUUACUGUCAGAGUGUAAACACUUCCGUUUAUGAAACUGAAACAGCUCCUUGUCCCCCUCAGAACGUACAAGCUGAUAGUGUUGGCGUCACUGCCUCUGUAACAUGGGAGUUGAGUAAUCUCACAGUGUGGUACACUGCAACAGCAGAGGGCAGCGAUGGACACACGGCCACUUGUACCACGUCCGACACAAACUGUCUAAUCCCAGAUCUUCACUGCAGCCAAACGUACAGCAUCUCCGUCCUUGCAUUUGGUGAAACCUGCAGCAGUCUCCAAGGCUCCAGUUACGAAAUUCAUACAGCACCUUGUGCCCCAGAUGAAAUUAUCACCAAUGUGGAUUGUACCUCCAAUAGAGUGGUGGUAUCUUGGGGAAGAACUGAUGGGGCGAUCGCGUACGAUGUAACAGCUGAAGGAAGUGAUGGGCACACACACUCAGACAACACCACAGACACACGCUAUGAAAUGCUGGAUUUACACUGCGGACAAUCCUAUAACAUAACCGUAACAACUCUGAGUUACAGCCGGCACGGCAUUGCAAGCAUUUCUGUACAGAUACAAACUGCCCCCUGCAUUCCUGAGAAUCUCACAGCUGAGCUGAAUUGUGAAUUGAAUACAAUAUCUUUCUGGUGGGAUGAAGCUGAUGGAGCAAAGUUGUACACGGUGACUGUUCGAGACAGUCAAAGAGAAACAGCUUCAUUCAACACAAGUGAUACAAGGGCUCAAACCCAAGAGCUGCAGUGUGGUGAAUAUUAUACAAUCUCUGUUCUAGCAACAGAUGAUAUCUGCAGGAGACCGCAGACAGCAGUGGUCAAUGUACAUGCAGCUCCCUGCAGUCCCCAGAAUGUAAGUGCUUAUUUGCACUGUACAGCACGCACAACAUCAGUGUGGUGGGAGCAGAGUGAAGGUGCAAUGUUCUACACGGCCAUGGCAGAAGGAAUGGAAGGAGACAGAUACUCGUGCAACACAACCGAAGCAAACUGUGAGAUCCUGGGCCUCCCAUGUGGCCAGUGGUACAAUGUAACUGUGUUAGCAAUGGACGAGAAUUGCACCAGCUUACCAAGUUCAGCUGUAGAAAUUCAAACAGUACCUUGUAUCCCACAGAGUGUGGCUGCUUACGUUAACUGUGAAAAUAACACUGUAUCAGUGUUUUGGGAUCCCAGCAACGGCUCAGAGUCAUACCAUGUAACAGCACAAGGAAUCAAUGGCCAUUGGGCCUCCUGCAAUACAACAGGCACUGAAUGUGAGGUCUCUGAUGUGCACUGUGGACUGAAUUACUAUAUAACUGUAGAGGCAAUCCGCAUGGAGUGUAACAGCUCACAAAGCUCUGCUUUAACAAUUAAAACAGUACCGUGUGUGCCCCAGAAUGUUGACGCUCACAUGGACUGUGAUGCUGGAUAUAUGUCGGUCUCCUGGGAGUUCAGUGAAGGUGCAAUAUCAUACAUGGCUACUGCAGAAGGGAGCAACGUGCAGCAAUGCAGUGCCAAUGAUACACUGUGUGAUAUCACCGACCUGUACUGUGGAGAGACCUACACCCUCUCAGUUUAUGCGAUUGAUGACACCUGUGACAGUGUUGAAAGUCCUUCCGUCACAAGGAGAACAGUUUCGUGCCUCCCACAGAAUCUCGAUGUUCAGCUGGACUGUGACACAAACGAUGCUUCUGUGCUGUGGAGCCACACUAAAGGUGCAGUGUCUUACUCUGCCACAGCAGAAGGAAACGAUGGACACACAGUUUCCUGUGAGACAGUCAAUAAAGAGUGUCAGAUAAGCAACCUACACUGUGGACAAAUGUAUAACCUAACUCUGACAGCAUUGGAUGGUGUGUGUGACAACUCACAGAGCUCUCAGUUUGAAUUCAACACGGCACCUUGUGCACCAGAGGACAUCUCCACCAGUCUGAACUGUGACACCAAGAGUACAUCAGUGGCCUGGGAGGAGAGUGAUGGGGCGAUGUGGUACAUUACAACAGCAGAAGGACAAGAUGGACACAUUUCACUGUGUAACACAACGGGGACAAGCUGUGAUUUCAUGGACCUGCACUGCAGUCAAACGUACUCACUAACUGUAACAGCAAUGGACAGUUACUGUCAGAGUGUAAACACUUCAGUUUAUGAAACUGAAACAGCCCCUUGUCCCCCUCAGAACGUACAAGCUGAUAGUGUUACCCUCACUGCCUCUGUAACAUGGGAGUUGAGUAAUCUCACAGUGUGGUACACUGCAACAGCAGAGGGCACCGAUGGACACACGGCCACUUGUACCACGUCCGACACAAACUGUCUAAUCCCAGAUCUUCACUGCAGCCAAACGUACAGCAUCUCUGUCCUCGCAUUUGGUGAAACCUGCAGCAGUCUCCAAAGCUCCAGUCAUAAAAUUCAUACAGCACCUUGUGCCCCAGAUGAAAUUAUCACCAAUGUGGAUUGUACCUCCAAUAGAGUGGUGGUUUCAUGGGGAAGAACUGAUGGGGCGAUCGAGUACGAUGUAACAGCUGAAGGAAGUGAUGGGCACACACACUCAGACAACACCACAGACACACGCUAUGAAAUGCUGGAUUUACACUGCGGACAAUCCUAUAACAUGACCGUAACAACUCUGAGUUACAGCCGGCACGGCAUUGCAAGUACUUCUGCACAAAUACAAACUGCACCCUGCAUUCCUGAGAAUCUCACAGCUGAGCUGAAUUGUGAUAUGAAUACUGUAUCGUUCUGGUGGGAUGAAGCUGAUGGAGCAAAGUUGUACACGGUGACUGUUCGAGACAGUCAAAGAGAAACAACUUCAUUCAACACAAGUGAUACAAGGGCUCAAACCCAAGAGCUGCAGUGUGGUGAAUAUUAUACAAUCUCUGUUCUAGCAACAGAUGAUAUCUGCAGGAGACCGCAGACAGCAGUGGUCAAUGUACAUGCAGUCGCUUGUGAUCCUCAUAAUGUCAAAGCACAAUUGGACUGUAACGUCAAUACAGCAUUGGUAAUGUGGGACUCUGGUAAAGGAGCACUGUGGUACACUGCCAUUGCGGAAGGUGCUGAUGGGAGCAACGUCUCGUGCAGCACAUCAGAAACAUCCUGUAGAACACCCGCGUUACUCUGUGGCCAGUUAUAUUCGGUGCAUGUUGUAGCUUCGGACAGGACUUGUAACCACUCUGUGAGUUCUUCAAUCGAAAUUCAGACAGCUCCCUGCAGUCCCCAGAGUGUGAGUGCACAUUUGGACUGUACAACACGCAAGAUGGUCGUGUGGUGGGAGCAGAGUGAAGGUGCCAUGUUCUACAUGGUCAUGGCAAAUGGAAUAGAAGGAGAAUGGUACUCAUGCAAUACAACAGAGGCAAGCUGUGAGAUCAUCGGCCUCCCAUGUGGCCAGAUGUGCAAUAUAAGUGUCCUUGCAAUGGAUGGGAAUUGCACCAGUUUACCGAGUCCUACUUUUGAAAUUCAAACAGAGCCUUGUAUUCCACAGGAUGUGGUUGCUCAGAUCAACUGUGAAAAUAACACCAUCUCGGUGUUUUGGGAUCCCAGCAAUGGCUCAGAGUCAUACCAUGUAACAGCACAAGGAAUCAAUGGCCAUUGGGCCUCCUGCAAUACAACAGGCACUGAAUGUGAGGUCUCUGAUGUGCACUGUGGACUGAACUACUAUAUAACUAUAGAGGCAAUCCGCAUGGAGUGUAACAGCUCACAAAGCUCUGCUGUGACAAUCAAAACAGUACCGUGUGUGCCCCAGAAUGUUGACGCUCACAUGGACUGUGAUGCUGGACAUAUGUCGGUCUCCUGGGAGUUCAGUGAAGGUGCAAUAUCAUACACGGCUACUGCAGAAGGGAGCAACGUGCAGCAAUGCAGUGCCAAUGAUACACUGUGUGAUAUCACCGACCUGUACUGUGGAGAGACCUACACCCUCUCAGUUUGUGCGAUUGAUGACACCUGUGACAGUGUUGAAAGUCCUUCCGUCACAAUGAGAACAGCUUCAUGCAUCGCACAGAAUCUCGAUGUGCAGCUGGACUGUAAUAGAAAUGAUGCUUGGGUGCGGUGGGACCACGCUAAAGGUGCAUCGUCUUACUCUGCCACAGCGGCAGGGGGCAAUGGGCACGUAGUUUCCUGUGAGACGGACAGCAGUAAAUGUCAGAUAACCAACCUGCGAUGUGGACAGAUGUAUAAUGUAACUCUGGUUACACUGGAUGGGGUGUGUGACAACUCGCAAACGCCUCCGUUUCAAUUUAACACUGCACCUUGUGCACCAGAGGACAUCUCCACCAGUCUGAACUGUGACACCAAGAGUACAUCAGUGGCCUGGGAGGAGAGUGAUGGGGCGAUGUGGUACAUUACAACAGCAGAAGGACAAGAUGGACACAUUUCACUGUGUAACACAACGGGGACAAGCUGUGAUUUCAUGGACCUGCACUGCAGUCAAACGUACUCACUAACUGUAACAGCAAUGGACAGUUACUGUCAGAGUGUAAACACUUCAGUUUAUGAAACUGAAACAGCCCCUUGUCCCCCUCAGAACGUACACGCUGAUAGUGUUACCCUCACUGCCUCUGUAACGUGGGAGUUGAGUAAUCUCACAGUGUGGUACACUGCAACAGCAGAGGGCAGCGAUGGACACACGGCCACUUGUACCACGUCCGACACAAACUGUCUAAUCCCAGAUCUUCACUGCAGCCAAACGUACAGCAUCUCCGUCCUCGCAUUUGGUGAAACCUGCAGCAGUCUCCAAAGCUCACGUUCUGAAAUUUAUACAGCACCUUGUGCCCCAGAUGAAAUUAUCACCAAUGUGGAUUGUACCUCCAAUAGAGUGGUGGUUUCAUGGGGAAGAACUGAUGGGGCGAUCGAGUACGAUGUAACAGCUGAAGGAAGUGAUGGGCACACACACUCAGACAACACCACAGACACACGCUAUGAAAUGCUGGAUUUACACUGUGGACAAUCCUAUAACAUAACCGUAACAACUCUGAGUUACAGCCGGCACGGCAUUGCAAGUACUUCUGUACAAAUACAAACUGCCCCAUGCAUUCCUGAGAAUCUCACAGCUGAGCUGAAUUGUGAAUUGAAUACAAUAUCUUUCUGGUGGGAUGAAGCUGAUGGAGCAAAGUUGUACACGGUGACUGUUCGAGACAGUCAAAGAGAAACAGCUUCAUUCAACACAAGUGAUACAAGGGCUCAAACCCAAGAUCUGCAGUGUGGUGAAUAUUAUACAAUCUCUGUUCUAGCAACAGAUGAUAUCUGCAGGAGACCCCAGACAGCAGUGGUCAAUGUACAUGCAGUCGCUUGUGAUCCUCAUAAUGUCAAAGCACAACUGGACUGCAACGUCAAUACAGCAUUGGUAAUGUGGGACUACAGUAAAGGAGCACUGUGGUACACUGCCAUUGCGGAAGGUGCUGAUGGGAGCAACGUCUCGUGCAGCUCAUCAGAAACAUCCUGUAGAACACCCGCGUUUCUCUGUGGCCAGUUAUAUUCUGUACAUGUUGUAGCUUCGGACAGGACUUGUAACCACUCUGUGAGUUCUUCAAUCGAAAUUCAGACAGCUCCCUGCAGUCCCCAGAGUGUGAGUGCACAUUUGGACUGUACAACACGCAAGAUGGCCGUGUGGUGGGAGCAGAGUGAAGGUGCCAUGUUCUACAUGGUCAUGGCAAAUGGAAUAGAAGGAGAAUGGUACUCAUGCAAUACAACAGAGGCAAGCUGUGAGAUCAUCGGCCUCCCAUGUGGCCAGAUGUGCAAUAUAAGUGUCCUUGCAAUGGAUGGGAAUUGCACCAGUUUACCGAGUCCUACUUUUGAAAUUCAAACAGAGCCUUGUAUUCCACAGGAUGUGGUUGCUCAGAUCAACUGUGAAAAUAACAUCAUCUCGGUGUUUUGGGAUCCCAGCAAUGGCUCAGAGUCAUACCAUGUAACAGCACAAGGAAUCAAUGGCCAUUGGGCCUCCUGCAAUACAACAGGCACUGAAUGUGAGGUCUCUGAUGUGCACUGUGGACUGAGCUACUAUAUAACUGUAGAGGCAAUCCGCAUGGAGUGUAACAGCUCACAAAGCUCUGCUGUGACAAUCAAAACAGUACCGUGUGUGCCCCAGAAUGUUGACGCUCACAUGGACUGUGAUGCUGGACAUAUGUCGGUCUCCUGGGAGUUCAGUGAAGGUGCAAUAUCAUACACGGCUACUGCAGAAGGGAGCAACGUGCAGCAAUGCAGUGCCAAUGAUACACUGUGUGAUAUCACCGACCUGUACUGUGGAGAGACCUACACCCUCUCAGUUUGUGCGAUUGAUGACACCUGUGACAGUGCUGAAAGUCCUUCCGUCACAAUGAGAACAGCUUCAUGCAUCGCACAGAAUCUCGAUGUGCAGCUGGACUGUAAUAGAAAUGAUGCUUGGGUGCGGUGGGACCACGCUAAAGGUGCAUCGUCUUACUCUGCCACAGCGGCAGGGGGCAAUGGGCACGUAGUUUCCUGUGAGACGGACAGCAGUAAAUGUCAGAUAACCAACCUGCGAUGUGGACAGAUGUAUAAUGUAACUCUGGUUACACUGGAUGGGGUGUGUGACAACUCGCAAACGCCUCCGUUUCAAUUCAACACUGCACCUUGUGCACCAGAGGACAUCUCCACCAGUCUGAACUGUGACACCAAGAGUACAUCAGUGGCCUGGGAGGAGAGUGAUGGGGCGAUGUGGUACAUUACAACAGCAGAAGGACAAGAUGGACACAUUUCACUGUGUAACACAACGGGGACAAGCUGUGAAUUCAUGGACCUGCACUGCAGUCAAAUGUACUCACUAACUGUAACAGCAAUGGACAGUUACUGUCAGAGUGUAAACACCUCCAUUUAUGAAACUGAAACAGCCCCUUGUCCCCCUCAGAACGUACAAGCUGAUAGUGUUGGCGUCACUGCCUCUGUAACAUGGGAGCUGAGUAAUCUCACAGUGUGGUACACUGCAACAGCAGAGGGCAUGGAUGGACACACGUCCACUUGUACCACAUCCGACACAAACUGUCUAAUCCCAGAUCUUCACUGCAGCCAAACGUACAGCAUCUCUGUCCUCGCAUUUGGUGAAACCUGCAGCAGUCUCCAAAGCUCACGUUCUGAAAUUUAUACAGCACCUUGUGCCCCAGAUGAAAUAGUUACCAAUGUGGAUUGUAACUCCAAUAGAGUGGUGGUUUCAUGGGGCCGGUCUAAUGGAGCAAACGAAUUUGAUGUAACAGCUGAAGGAAGUGAUGGCCAUACACACUCAGACAACACAACGGAGACACACUAUGAAAUGCUGGAUUUACACUGUGGACAAUCCUAUAACAUAACUGUAACAACACUGAGUUACAGCCGGCACGGCAUUUCAAGUAACUCUGUCCAAAUCCAAACUGCACCUUGCAUUCUGGAGAACCUAUCGGCUGAGGUGACCUGCAAUUCGAAUGCAAUCUCCUUUACAUGGAAUGACACGGAUGGAGCAAAAUUAUACACCGUCACCAUUCAAGAUAGGCAAAAAGUAACGGCCUCUUUCAACAUAAGUGAUACAAGGGCUCAAAUCCCACAGCCGCUAUGUGGUGAAUAUUACACAAUCUCUGUUCUGGCCACGGACGACGUCUGCAAAAGUCCUCAGAGUGCAGUGGUGAAUGUACAAGCAGGACCAUGCACUCCACAGGGCAUUGCUGCUCACAUUUAUUGCAAUAUCCAUAGUGUGUCGGCUUCAUGGGAACAGAAGGACGGGAGUGAUUUCUACAUUGCGACUGCAGAAGCAAGUGAUGGGCACACACAAUCUUGCAGUGCACAAGAGGCAGCCUGUGAAAUCUUGGACUUACACUGUGGGCAAUCAUACAACAUAACAAUAGUAGCAGUUAAUGAAGUAUGCAACAGCUCGCAAAGUCCAGUGAUAUAUGUUCAGACAGCACCAUGUAUCCCAGAGAUUAUUUCGGCUCAAGUGGACUGUGAUACCAAUGAUGUAUUGGUAUCCUGGGAGCAAAGUAAGGGGAGUGACCUUUACCUUGCUACUGCAAAAGCAACAGAUGAACACGAACAUCUAUGCAAUACAGUGGAGACAACCUGCAAAAUAUUUGACUUGCAUUGUGGACAAUCAUACAAUAUAACAGUAAAAGCUGGUAAUGAGAUGUGUAACAGUUCAGAGAGUGUACAAAUCGGUAUUCAAACAGGGCCAUGCACCCCAGGGAAUAUUUCUGCCUAUGUGGAUUGCAGUACUAAUGCUGCAGUCGUGUCAUGGGAAAUGAGCAAUGGGAGUGAUUGUUAUGUUGCAACUGCAAUAGGAAACAUUGAAGAAACACACUCAUGCAUUGCGGAAGAUGAAACGUGUGAAAUAUAUGGCCUGCAGUGUGGAGAAUCAUACAAUGUAACUGUGGUAGCUGUUAAUGAAAUGUGCAACAGUUCAGAAAGUACAGUGUGGAGUUUCCAAGGAGUGCCAUGUAAUCCACAAUACCUUGGUGCUGACGUGGACUGUGCAAAUAACUCCAUGAGGCUAUCUUGGGAUCACGUUGAUACAGCAAUAUCAUAUAUGGCGUUGGUCAAUGCUAGCAAUAAAGAGCAACUUCACUGUGAUACAACUAACACAACUUGUUACAUUCAGCAUCUGAGCUGUGCCACCAAAUAUAAAGUGUGGUUUUAUGCUAAUGAUGGAUUUUGUACAAGUAUAAUUAAAUCUGCAUAUGAAGUCAGCACAGUCCCAUGUGCGCCAGAAGACAUUGAAGUUGUAUCAGGCCCUGCUAGCAAUGGAGUGCAGGAGCUGGAAGUCAACUGGAACGACAGUCACUGUGCUGCAGACUAUGAAGUAGAUAUAACAGGACAAAUUGAACAAGAUCCUUUCUCCAUGUUUACAUUGCGCUCAUAUUGGACAACCAGAACGUUUUUCCAGUUUCCCGUUCCUUGCAGUUCCACAUAUGACAUUUUUGUUACAGCUAGGAAUGCAGCAGGAAUCAGUAGCCCCAGCGUUCCCUUACUUGGUCUCACUGUUCCUUGCCCUCCAACCAACCUAACUGCUUUUUUGGAAAAUGGUGCGCUAUUUAUAUCUUGGACGGAGUCAAUUUAUGCCUCAGAAUACAUUGUGUGUGCAGCUUCCAAUUUAGAAAGGAAUGAGAUUUGCAGAACUGCAGCACUCUCUUGUGAAUCUCCUAACGUUGAGUACGACACAAUUGAAAUUGUUGCUUUAAACUCUGCUGGCAAAAGUGAAAUCACCAAAAUCACUUUCUUGUAAGGUUAUUCAUCCUCCCCAAAGGAACUGUAUUAUGCCAGAUCACCAUAUAUUGCAAGAAGGCCGAAAAGGAUGUCGUGUAUGUUACAGCUGUAGUGAAAGGGGCUGCAUCCAAUUAUUCUAAUAGUUGUUUCAAAAAAUAUUGUCAGGUGGAAGAUUAUGGUUCAGUUGGAUCACGAAAUGCAGCAAGCGAAGAAAUCGUCUAAACACCACUAUUUGUGAUUACCAAAAUCUGAUCUCACGUUGAUGUAAAAAAUUACAAACCAUUUUGCUUAGUCAGUGACGUUAAUGCACCUUUUUUUUAAUCACUUUGACUGUUUACCAACUGUGUCUGGUAAACAAGUAGACACACAGAAAGAUGUAAAAAUAUCACAACCUGCAUGCUUGAUUGUUUUUCCCUGUAGUUAGGAUCAUAACAUAAUAUUCCUCAGAGAUGGUAAUGGAAUUUACAAGUCCUAUAGAUGUUACAUUGUCUGUAUACUUCUUCCUAAUAUAAUGAUUUUUUUUUUAAUUUUUAUGUUUCUAUUAUGAUUAUUUACUGCAGCAUACCUUCAUAAUGUAAGAACAAAUAAAUAGAAUGCUUUUAUUUGGAGUUUGUGGCAUACAAAAAGAAAAUGCAAUUUUGCUGUAGACGCCAAGUGCAAUUACUUCAUGACCUGUAUAAAAUUAUAUUUUUACCGAUUUCAUUGUAAAAUACUGGCUCUAUAUUUGGUGCAUAUAAAUAAAACAAUUCUCAGCA